AUGGCACUUGAGCUUCUUGAGGUGCUGCGGCAGCAGUUGGAGACCCCCGGGCUGGCGUACCCAGAUUACUACCUCAAGCCCUUCCACACCUACACCAACGGCAACCUGGAGUGGCUUGCGGCGGCGGAGGUGCGGCCGGCGUCCACUGUCAUUGCGUGCCGCACGUUCAAGGAGAUGGACGACGCUGCAGCCGCAGAGGAGCGUCUCAGGCAGGGCAUCACACGCACAAUGAGGACCGACCUCAUUCGCCGCGGGCUGCCAGAGCCAGCGGCCAUCCUGGACGUCGGCUGCAGCACCGGCAUCAGCACGCGCUGGCUGGCGGCGGAGUUCCCGGGGGCAGCCAUCACAGGCCUGGACGCCAGCGCAUACUUUCUUGCGGUGGCGGAGUUCGAGCAGCGGCAAAACCCCCUUCCUGGCGGCCGGCGCAUAACCUACGAGCACGGCCUGGCGGAGGCAACGCGCUACCCCGAUGCCAGCUGGGACAUGGUGGCGUUCCAGUUCAUUGCCCACGAGUGCCCCCAGGCCGCGCUGCAUGCCUUUGUGCAGGAGGCGCGCCGCAUCCUCAAGCCGGGCGGCGUCAUGGUGUUUGUGGACAACAAGACGAUCCAGAACCUGCCGCCGGCGCUCUUCACCCUCAUGAAGAGCACGGGUGAGGCUGUUGCUUGCCUGUUGGGCCACGUGUGA